CGCCUCGUGUUUAAGGAGCCCCUGGCUGCGUCUCUUCGGCCUUUUCCCGUCCGGCCGCUUGAGUGAGGAGUGCGAGAGCCGAUCGGAGCGGCGCCAUGGCGGACAUCCAGACAGAGCGUGCCUACCAGAAGCAGCCGACCAUCUUCCAGAACAAGAAGCGGGUGCUGCUGGGGGACACGGCCAAGGAGAAGCUGCCCCGCUACUACAAGAACAUCGGUCUGGGCUUUAAGACACCCAAGGAGGCCAUCGAGGGCACCUACAUCGACAAGAAGUGCCCCUUCACCGGGAACGUGUCCAUCCGCGGCAGGAUUCUGUCUGGUGUGGUGACCAAGAUGAAGAUGCAGAGGACCAUCGUCAUCCGCCGAGACUACCUGCACUACAUCCGCAAGUACAACCGCUUUGAGAAGCGCCACAAGAACAUGUCCGUGCAUCUGUCCCCCUGCUUCCGAGAUGUCCAGAUUGGAGACAUCGUCACUGUGGGCGAGUGCCGGCCUCUCAGCAAGACUGUGAGGUUCAACGUGCUGAAGGUCACCAAGGCAGCAGGGACCAAGAAGCAGUUCCAGAAGUUCUGAGCCCUUCCCCGCGGCGGGCAGGUGGGCACAUCGGCACAGAGUGUGCCCUGACCCUCCAGUCUGCUAAUAAAGGUGUCCUUCCCCCUA